GAAGGGUCUUACACAAAAACAAAAGAAAAAUGUCGUCCUAAAUCAAAAAAUAUUUCCUCUAGACCAUGGAAUAAGGAAAAUGCUUCUAAAGCAUUGACUGUAGAAAUUGCUCAUACAAAGGUAUUGAAAAAUGAAAUUCUGAUAAUAAGGUUUCCUGAUCCAGAAUUAACUAAAGAGAUGGUGAAAAACUUCUAUCCUGGAAUUGAAACGUACACUUCCAAGUUUCUAGUACUCCCAGGUUACAUAUUGGAAAUUUUCCAACAAAUGUUAGUGUUACAACUGUAAAAGAAAAGUUUCCUACUGCUUCUAAAAUCGAUGUUGGAUUUGCACAAAAAAUGAAAUAGACAAGUUGAUGAUGCUGUAGAGGCCUACACACUACCAUGACUGAAUGCUGGAAUCAAGAAGUCUUAUAGUAAGAUUCCGAACAGUCCAAUGUCCCAUAGGUAUGGCUGGAGAGAGGCGACAACAAAAGCCUUCCAAGACUGCACGAAAAGAAACUGUAAAACCAAAGAAGGAAAAAUAAAAAAAAGAUUCUGGGAACUCCAAAGGAGAAACAAAAGAAAAGGGAAAAUUUGAAAAUUACAAUGACAACGACGAUGAUGAUAAUGACAAUGACGAUGAGGAGGAUGACAACAACGAUGAUGAUGAAGUUGAUACCAAUGAUGUUAAUGAAUUAAUUGUGGAAAAAACCUUCAAAAGGCGAAGAGCGGGACCGGUUGCUCAACAGUGUGGGAUUACUUCUUGCUAGACGACCUCACUAAAAACAACCACUUGUUUCUUCUUCUGACCUCAGCCUGGGACCGCUUUCGCAUUACUUCAGACUGGGACCUUUCUUGAUGGGUGCCUCUUCAUUUGUUCCGACCUUAUAGGCUAUCGCUUAGACAGCCUUUUUCCUUCUUUGCCCGCAGAACGCUUUCUAUCAAGUGAGAAAUUGCGUUCCAUGACUUCUCAUUUCUUAGCAUUGUGUCAACAAUAUUCUCUGGCGUGAGACUGCCUGUCGUUUCCUCCAGUUUAUCGAGUUUUUCUUUCCGGGUUGUACACUGGAAAAAGGUGUGCUCGGCGGUGUCCAAUUUAUUCCCACCGUGCUUACAGUAGGGUGAUUGAACCCUCCCCAUGCGGUAGAGAUAGUCCCUGAAGUAGUCGUGUCCUGUCAAGAACUGGGAGAGGUAGUUCACUUUCCCAAACUCCCGUUGCACCCAUGGCGGCAACUUCUUAAUAAGCCGGUGUGUCCACCUCCCUUUGGUCCCUCGUUCCAGCGUUCCUGCCAGUGCUCCAUUGUCUCUUUCCGCUCCUCUUGUGCCGCUUUCGCUCUGCCGUCGCCUGCGCUCCUGUCAUAAAUUCGCUUGCGCUCCAGCGCGAGCAGGUCGAUCGGUAUUGCUCCGGCGAUCGCAAGGAUGGCGUCUACGGAGACUGUUCGGUAAGAGCAUGCCACCCUCAGUGCUCUCCUACGCUGAACAGCUGUGAUCCGUGUUCUGUAUUUUUUCACAGUCAUCGCUUCGGCCCACACUUCAGCUCCGUACAAUAGCAUUGACUUUAUAAUAUUUUCAUAUAUUUUAUAUGACUAUCAUAAUGUUUUGUAUAUUUAGAUAAGGAAAUCUAGCACGUUCCCCCUGGUAAUAUGGCGAAUUUUCAUGAAACCAACUUGGCAGAUGAUCCAGGGCGUGUGAAAGUCAUAACGAAAAGGGGAUCAAAAUAUCCCGAGAGAGUCGUGAACACAUCCAAAGCAUCAACGUCUGUCAUGUUUACUGCUGCAGCAUAUGGAACACUCUUGCCUUUGUAUGUUGUUUACCGGUCUAAGCAUUUGUAUGCCACUUGGAUGGAGUGUGCCCCGAGGGCACACGAUUUAAUAGAUGUGAAAGUGGGUGGUUUGACUCUCAAUGUUUUGAUGACUGGAUUACCACCAUUAUUUUGCCUUACUUAAAAAAUUUAGAGGAUCCCAAAAUCUUAAUCGGCGACAACCUUUCCACGCAUUUAUCAGUGACAUCAGUAAAAGCGUGUGAAGAAAAUGGCAUAAGGACGAUAUUUUUACCAACGAACUCGUGAUGUCGCAUCAUUCAGCCUCGUGAUGUCGCAUUCUUUGGUCAUUAAAGGGCAGUUGGCGUAAUAUUUUACAGAAGUGGAAGAUGGGCCCUGGUCGUUAUGAGACCACUGUUCCCAAGGACAAGUUUCCAAGAUUGCUGAACUCUCUUGUGAUAGCACGAGCAGAAAAUGCUGAGAGCAACAUUAAGGCUGGAUUUGAAAAAUGUGGUAUCAUACCAUUCAAUCCAAAUAAAGUAAUAAGCAGGGUCCCUGGUGUCGAGAGUUAUGAAGAACCCAUAAAUGCAGGGGAUGUUGAUCAUGCCCUAAUCCAGUUGCCGCAAGAGUUGGGAGGGAACGAUGAAACGCCUGUGAGACAACGGCGAUCUAGGAUUCCUGUACGUGCUGGAAAAAGUGUUUCUUUAUGUUUCCCUAAAAUUGAUGAAACGAAUUAGAUAAAGAUCCUAAUAUUGAUGAAAAAGAAUCUGAUGAAAAUCCUGAUCAAAACUCACCAUUGCCUUCCAGCAAUAAUUCUAGACUGCAAGAGAACACAGGUGCCAGCGCAAGCAACAUUACGUAAUCUGAGACGUUUGUCCCGAAUGAACUGCGUCCUGGUGACUUAGAAGAGGGUUGGAAAGAAAACAACUGUGUUUCUUUACCCAGAUGUAUAUGAUAUAUGUGAAGUGGUUCCUGUUCAAGCCGAGAGGAGAAGUAGAAACGGCGGUACUUUAAUAAAUUCUAGUAAGGCUCUGAAAAGUCUUUCUAGAUAUUUAACUCAAUUCCUUUUUCACAGUAACAAUAUCUCAUAUAACACUUUUCAUUAUGCUUUUUAAGUUCUUGGGCUGCGAAAUAUCCAACGUUCUACUGUACCGAAAUCAGUUGAUGUGUGAGUAAUAUACAGCAACGAGCGUUAUUGACUUCUGAAUCAAUAUAUUUUUACUCUCGUGGAAUACAAACUAUUUGCCUGGGAAUACGAGUUACAGAUUUGAUAUAAUAAUCCUGUGGUUGAAAAAACCUUAUCCCCCACUCCUCUCGCAUUUAAUACAAUGAAGUGCAAGAAAACGUACGCGAGUUAUUUCCUAAACCAUUAAAUAAACAUUUGGAUUUUGCGAGAGAACCCUCUGAACUGGAGGUUCUAGGGUUCGAGUCCCGUCUGUGGCAAGAUUUUUGACACUAGCUACAUAGCUAGGUCGAGUUCAGCCACUGUCUGAAGGAGAAUUCUAGCAACCGGCUGCUCUGAUCGGUAGUUUUUCAUGGUUUCUCCGAUCAACGCCAUGCGAAUGCCGGAGCAGUAUCCUAACAAACGAGCCAUGGACUGCGCGCGGUCUUUCCUUCAUUUUCCUUGCCUAUCCUCAACUUCACUUACUCACACUACACUACCACAGAUCGGAAGCGUCGAGCUUGUCGCGGCAGAAGCGGUGGCCCGCUUGUAAUAUAUGAAAAAGCCCUGACAGCCGACUGGUAGGUCGCCAUUCGUGGGGGAAGAUCACUGCUUCCUACAACUAUAAAAAUACACUCUAGACUUAAGGGACUUUAGAAGUUGACUUGUUCGGAUUCACUAAUGAAUCAAUCAAUUGAUGCGAAAAUUUAGAGGCACAUAAAUUGGCUAACCACAGAGAACAUGAGGGAAUACUACUUUGUUUACUACUGCACAUGUACUGCCAGGUCCACAUGUACGGUUCGCAACAGAUCACAAGUUUGUUAUGAAGAAUGUUCUAAACUUUGCGUUUCACGAUGUUCCCCAUUUAUUUCCCUCUUGCUAAAAAAGCAUAAGAUAGCACGUGACUUUUACAUGUCGAUAUUGAUCUGCUAAAUAAAUUUCGCGCCCGUCGAUCGAAUGUGUGUUCAAACAUCGUCCUAUUGGGUAGUUUCAAUGGUAGUUCAAUUUGUCGUGAACAGCAUAUAGGAGAGGAGACACCAAAGAGAAUAGAAGAGCGAAAUAUUAUCUCAUUGAAACUACUAUUGACCAUUAGGUCCAUCGGGGUCCAGUGUUGCUAUUGUAGGAAUGGAAUGGCGGCUAUUGAGGAUUCAAUGUCACGUCUGUUGAAUCUCGCCAAAAAAUUUAAUUGCUUUUACUUGUCAGGUGAGUUUCAGUACAACAUGUGAGAAUUAUGUGUGAUUACAAUGUAAUAGCAAUGACUUCGCGUUCAGGAGCAAAUUCUUUAUGUCCUUCGUAACUAUGAAUAUAUGAAGGUUGACAUUUCACUUUAUGUCACUUCGAUUAUUGCAUGAUUACCAUGUAGAACUGUGCAAAUGAUAAAGAAUUGGUAUAUUUAAGUCACAGAUCAUAAAAAAUACUUCACUGUGAGAGAACAGCACGAAAUGUUUCGUUAAACGUGAUGUAACUGCUCACAUUUCUUAAAUGCGAGAGGUUUGGUGUGUAGCAAUAUGUGAAUGUUGGAUAAAAUAGCUAAUAGUAUAUUUAGCACCAAGGUUUGGAUAGAGGAGACUGCCUUCCUUUUAUUGUGGAAGGCCAUCAAGUAGGGUUAAUCAGACCUGAGGUAAUGGUGAAAUUACAGAGCUAUCCAGAUGUGUUCCAUAUACAUGCAGAUGCUGUUGAACUUAACCCUGCCUUCAGAGAUUAUAGUGAACGAACUGCUAAGGUGGAUGCAGUUCUAAAAGAAUGUCGUUUACAGAAUGUGUUUGUGGCUUUAAAAGGUUGGAGAGAUGAGUGCUAUGAGGUUCGACCAAUGUUUUCUAACAAGUCGCUUUUAAAAAUGGAUCGAUCUGCAACUUGUCUCUUUGGCAUUCGAAAUUACGGUGUAGAUAUAAAUGGAUAUGUAAUGGAUCCUGUAAAAGGAAUGUGUAUCUGGUUGCAACGAAGAUCAGCCACUAAACAGACUUGGCCUGGCAAAUGGGACAAUAUGGUUGGUGGAGGAUUGUCUGUGGGUUAUGGUAUCCUUGAAACUGCUAUUAAAGAAGCAGAAGAAGAAGCCUCUAUUCCCAUUGAAUUAAUGCGUAACUUACGACCUGCUGGCUGUGUUUCGUUUUUCUUUGAAAGUGAAAGAGGACUGUUUCCAAACACUGAAUUCGUCUUUGACUUGGAACUUCCUUUGGAUUUUGUGCCGUAUAACAGUGACGGUGAAGUUGAAAAAUUUGAACUUCUACCAGCUGAUCAAGCAUUGGAGAAAGUAUUUUCAACAGAAUUUAAAACAACAAGUUGCCCAGUAGUUGUUGAUUUUCUUAUCAGGCAUGGGAAGAUUUCUCCCGAAAACGAGCCUAAUUUUCCUCAAAUUGUGGAGUUGCUGCAUGUUCCCCUGCAGUCUCUGUAUAGAACACACAGAAGGCAGCCACCUGCAGAAAAUGGGCAGAAUAAUAUUUCAAUGAAUUAAGAGAGAUUUUAGCAAUUUCUUUUUGGGCAAUGACGUUAGAAAGGAGAUGUACGUAUUGGUUAAAGUAUUUGUAUUUAUGAACAUUUUUAGAGGUAUUUAGAUUGGUAAGUUUUUUGUAUGUAUGACCAUUUAAGAAAAGGAUAUAUACUUAAAAAACUUUUACUAGUCAUAUUGCCUGUUGGCUUCAAUAUUUGUAAUUAUGGUGUCAUUUCAGAAGUUAUUUAUUUAUGUUAACUUCUUUACGCUUGCUUAAAUCAUUGUCACCUCAAUUGUGAGUGCCUACAAUAAUCAAUGGCUUUCUUAUUUGGUUUUGGAACUUUACAUUUCUUUGGUGAGGUUUUUAAUUACAUAUACAUACUAGUUUCUUUUAUAAUUUACUUGAAUGCAUGAGUGUACACUUGUGCAUAUAAAAAAUGAGUGUUUUGAGGUUAAUAGUAUCACUUUUCAUGGCGUGAAUGGUGCUCAAAGUUUGCCUAAACAUUAGGAUAUUCUCUCUAAUAAUACUUUUGAAACUGCAGUUCAAGAUCCAUGUGUGCCUGAGAAAUAAUUUGUCAAACCAAAUUGAGAAUUCAAGGUGAAGUGAAAUAAUGAUAAAAUUAAAAAACAUACACCACUGAAUCCAUGUUCCACAUGUUGCAUGUUUCACAUCUAAAGUUGUUUUGAAAACAGUCUCUGUUAUUGUUGAUGUUCAUGAGAAUGGCAUAUUGAAAAUAAUGGAUGUUCUUCAGAUUUUUGUAUCCAUUUCAGUUAAGCCAGAUCAUUACAUCAACCUUAAUGGGUGCAGUGUAUCACAUCAUCCUUUCAGGAAUUGAAAUAUUUCUUAAGAAUCUGAAAACUACUUCAGAAAAAUUGAAUGUAGUAUUAUUUGCAGUCUAUCAAGUGACUUGGACUACUAUAUUUUUGUUAGAAUAAGAGCAUGUUGAGAAAACACUGUUGAAGCCCUGCUAUGUUUACAGAGAAAAUGGGUUUCAAUAAUUUUAUGAUUUGCUACAAACGUUACCAAAAUUUUAACAAUUUAACAUGACCAUUUUUAAUUGCCUACAAUCUAUUCCAUGACUUAAAGUGAGGAAGAAAUUUGUCAGUAUUGCAUCAAAUACAGUAAUAUUGAAAUAGUUUUGAAACUUGUGAGACAGUAUAAAUGAUAUCUGAUUCUGUCUCAAAAAAUAUUAUUUCAUAUUGUAUCAUAAAGACAUGUUUUGGUUAAAUUUGUUCUUAAAAUGUGUAUCCUCUUUUGAAUGACAUUUAUUUUGAAAUUUAAAUACUGACAUUUUACUUUCUCCUUGAAGCAAUAUUGUAUACAUUACAAUAAGAAAUCAUCAAUUUUAUGAUUUAAAAAAAUCCUUUAUAAUUUAGGAAAUGCAUGUGAGACAUAUUGUGAAUACAUUGUUUAUUCUUAAUGCAUUAAAAAUGAUGUUUCUUAAUUGAAUUCAAAAAGGGUACUGUUGUUGUACAAACAAAUAAUGUAUACAAAAUGAGUUUUUUGUGAAAAACUUUCCAGUACCAAUAUUAAAAAAAUACUUUGUGAAUUAUCAGAAAGCUUGAAAAUCUAAUGCUUCUUUUGAUUAUGAGGUAUUAUAUUGCUAAGGGAAGAAUUAUAAAAAACAAAAAGAAAAAAGGUCCAAAAACUUGCAUCGAAAUACUCGGAUAUCAAAUCCAUUUAGAAACAGAUCAAAAUUCCUUGUUGUAGCCUAAACAGUUAAUAAUUCUGUUCAAAUGGGCUUUGAACGUGUGGUUAAAUCAACAAGUUAACACAAUAAAUUACUCUAAAAUGUGUAACGUCUUUGUAAAAUGAAUUAAUGUAAGUAUUGGAGUGCAUAUUGUAAAAAACAAUAAAAAUUAGGCUCUAAAACGUGUACUUUUAAUGAAAAUAAUAAAAACUAAUUGCUGAAAUACAGUUGACCAAAGAAUAUAAGUAGUGUCAGACCUCGUGUAGUUUGGUACAGAAAUAUUCAGUACUUCUAUACUGUUUUUCACGUUGAAGACUUGUCGUAUGGAAAUUCUGCACAUUGUUGCCAACACAACACAUUCGCUUGCUCUCUCGCUCUUACCUUUCUUAAUGCAACUAUUAAACAAAAAAAGUUUAUUUUUUUCCACUACUAUUCUUCUUAUACUUCUUCUUUUCUUAUUCUUCUUCUUCUU